GAACUGCGGGGACACGAAUCAGCUGACGCGCCGUAGGGAACGCGUGAUGGAAGAAAACGAAAAUUAUUUUCGCGUCUCGGGGAAAAAAAAAAGCGCCGACAGCCGUUGCGAUCGGCAUGGCGGCCCGCGAGCGUGUUGUCGCAACUCGCGCGAGCGGCGAAAAAUCGGCCGGCCCACGCCUCCGCGUGAGGUUUCUUGUGCACAAACAAAAAAACGCGCCGCGGUCUCGGAGGGUAGUAGCAGCGCUAGCCAGCCCCCGCCGCCACCACGAGGGUGUGGGUCGACGGCGACGACGACGCGACUAGCUGCUGCCGUGCGCGCGCGCGCGCUAGGCUUUUUGGCUCUCGAAGGGUCAGCCAAGUUUAUUUAAAUGACCGCAUAGCAGCGGCGGAAGGCGAGGCCAGUGGCGGCGGUUCGGCGACGAGAGUCGCGGAAAAGCAAGCGAGCACACUCGCGCCUUGCCAUCACCCGGCGAGUUUUAUCUGUCCAGUGCGGAGUCCUAGAGAAGCGAAGGCGGCCACACCGCAAGCGGUGCUACCCCGAGCAUGACCAAGUUUGGAGGAUCCUCCCGGCGGUCGUAAUUUGUGGUCCAUGGAGUCCCCGCUGGGCUUCACCCGGGUCCGUCAUGCCAAGUGUGCCAGCGGCCCCGUCGGUCUGACCCUUCAGCCCGAGGAUCCGGGUCCGUCGGCUCCACGUGGCGCGGGCCAGUCGAGGUCCCCUGCGGGCGACCAGGGCGGCGGGCGUGCAGCCAUGGGACCCUCGGCACCCGAAGCUCGCCAGUCGGCGACCAGCCUGGCCAGCAGCGCGAGCAGCGCCAGCAGCAACGACAGCAGCGGGGCCCGAGACGAGGGCCGCCACGGGGGCGGGUCUUCGGCCUCGACGGGGGCCAUGGUGCAGCGAGAGGACAUCCUGGUGCUCACGCACGACGUGCGCGCCUUCAAGGAGGCCCUGGGGAGGCUCAGGAAGGCCUUCGCGCCAGAGGCACACGAGAAGCAGCGCCGCGAGACGCGCCUGGUGGCGGCCCACGAGCGGCUGGGCCAGGUGCUGCGCAUCCUGCGCUCCAUCCUGGAGAAGUACCCGCCCAUCCAGUCGGCCGAGCUGCUGGUCGCCGCCUCGGCGCUCAUCCAGCGGGUCAAGGGACACGACUACGGGCCCGGGGGAUCGUCCUCGUCGCAGGCCUGCUUCGAGGCCGUCGACCACCUCGCCCUGGCAUUCAGCAGCAGGGUGUCCGAGUACCUGAUGGGAGACCUGGACACGGGCUCCACAAGCGCCAUUGGGAAGGCGCGGAGCUGCGAAAACCUCCUGUCACCGGACAAGCAGGCGCCGACGUCACGGUCCUACGCAUCCCCAAUGACGCUAACGGGCCCGGAGGCGGAUGCCAAGCUGAUGCGGAUUGACGAUGGCGUCGAGUUCGCGCUGCGACGCGCCAAAGUCUGGUCCAAGUACGCCAAGGAUGUCAUCAGCUACGUCGAAAAACGCGCUAACCUCGAGGCCGAGCACGCCCGGAACCUGCUCAAGCUGGCGCAGACCAUGCGGCCUGUUCUUAAGGAAGAGAGCUUCCUGCCGUUCCAGUCCAUCUACUGCACGGCCAUUGACCAGGACCUGGACAAUGCCAACAACUGCCUCUCCAACUGCACCCUGCUGCACGACCACAAGUUCGUAGAGCCUUUGUCGGCCAGGAGGAACGAGCAUGAAAAGGCGCGUAAGCAGCUCAAGGAAGCCUGGCAGCGAGAACUCAAGCGAAUGCAAGAGCUGGAGGCGAACGUGCGCAAGGCCCGUGCGCUGUACGUGCAGCGCCACCAGGAGCACGACAAGGCCGCCCAGCGGGCCGACGGUGACGAGCGCCGGCGCCGCGUCGAAGAGGAGGCUCUGCAGAAGGCACGCGAGGCCGAGACCACCUACAAGGCAUGCGUCGUCGAGGCCAACGAGCGCAUCGUCGCGCUAGAGAGGACCAAGGCGGAGGUUCUGCAGCAGGUUCGCGAGCUCAUGUGCCAGUGCGACCAGACCAUGAAGGCCGUGACCGUGGCAUACUUCCAGCUGCAGCACACCGUCACCGCGCCUGCACCCAUUCAGUUUCAGACACUGUGCGAGAGCAGCCGCCUGUAUGAGCCGGGUUCACAGUACCUGGAGUUCGUAAGACGGAUCCCAUCAGGACGGCACCCCGCCGAACUCAAGCUGCUCGCCUUCGAGCCAUGUGCCGGAGACACGAGGACUGAGUCACGCAGAGUACACGAAGCCGAACUGGAGCCGCUGGACCAGGCAGCGCUCGAAGCCAGGCUGUCUUCCGAAGCUGCCGCAUCGCGCCCGGCGGGCUGGGCCGGCGGCACCAGCGACUCGGACGGCAGCAACCGUUCGGGGGACACGAGUCCCGCUGCCAGCCCGCAGGCGAUGGCGCGGACCAUGCUGCUGACCGUCUCGUCUGGCGACGAGCUGGACACCGACCACGACAACGAGCGUGGUGCGGGCCGACCCAUGUGCCUGUCCCUGGCUGCCGAGACGCACUCCUUCCGCAAGCUGCGCACGCCAUCCCGCUGCCGAGAAUGCGACUCCUACGUCUAUUUCCAAGGGGUCGAGUGCUCGGAGUGCGGCCUGUCCUCGCACAAGAAGUGCCUGGAGACGCUGGCCAUCCGGUGCGGCCACAAGCGGCUGCCGCGCAAGAUGACCACCUUCGGCGUGGAGCUGGGCGGCCAGCCCGCCGACGAGGUGCCCUACAUCGUGCGCCGCUGCAUCGCCGAGAUGGACGCCCGGGGCUACGGUGUGCGCGGCCUCUACCGCGUCUCGGGCGUCAAGUCCAAGGUGGAGCGCCUGUGCCAGUGCUUCGAGAACGGCGCCACCCUGGUCGACCUCAGCGACUCGCCGCCGCACGUGGUGGCCAACGUGCUCAAGCUGUACCUGCGACAGCUGCCCGAGCCGCUGCUCACGUACCGCCUCUACCCGCACUUCAUCGCGCUGGCCAAGGAGCACCCCGGUGGCACGGGCGUCACCCACCACCACUCGGAAGAGGACGAGGAUGAGCUGGGAGAGGAUGAAAACAGGGACGGCGAUCACCAUCAUGACGAGGAAGAGGAAGAAGCCGUGGUGGCGGCGCUGCGGUCGCUGGUGGCGCAACUGCCGCCGCUGCACGCGCGCACCCUGGCGGCACUGCUGCGCCACCUGGCGCGGGUCGCGGCACACUCGCACCUGAACCAGAUGCCCGCCGGAAACCUUGCCAUUGUGUUCGGUCCCACUCUGUUACGCACCAGGCAAGGCAGCGCGUCGCUGAGCUCUCUGGUGGACACUGUGCACCAGACGCGUGUCAUCGAGCUGCUCAUCAUGUAUGUGGACCGUAUCUUCCCAGACGAGGUGCCGCACCACGAACAGGUCCCGGAGGAACACUACACCCUGCUCGAGGCCGUCACGCUCAGGCGGUGCGCAUCGGAGGGAGACGUCGAGUCUCCACUGCACGACGAAGCCACAACGCAGAGUCAGGACAGCGACGACGCUGCCGAACCGGUCGUGCUCGCCAGCCAGCUGACAGGUGGCACAGUCCACCAGUGGUGCAGCGGUGGCGGCUCCGAGGACGCUGAAUCUGAGGCCAGUGACGAGGGCAGUGGCCUGUGCCAGCAACCGCUGGCCAACAGCGGCAGCAGCAGUAGCGGUGGCGCAGAAAGGCUCGGCGCACCUUCCAGUGCCUCCGAGGACGCUGCCGAGCCAGCGCCCGUGCCGCCCCCUCGCAGGGCCGCAGCCCGCAGGGUCGAGGCGCGAAGCUGCACGCGCGACACCUGGAGUACAAGCACCAUGAGCACUUCCUCCUCUUCGCAACAGAGUGCCCAGUCAAAGGCUUGCAACAUGGCCGAACUCAGGCGGCAGUUCUUUGAGGCGCCGUGGGGGGCCGCCAGCCUCGAGGAGCUCGCGGCAGCGGGGGCGCGACCCUCGCUGCUCGCGCGCCACCUGUUGGCGACGCCCGCUCGCACUUCAAGCGAACCACAGCUACCAGCGAAUGACGAGAGUGGCGGUGCUGGCCUUUCCUCGAGCGGUGCAUCUCGGCAGACCACGACUGCGCACGUUGCCGAAGCGCGCCGCAGAGUGCACAGUCCACUGCGCGAGAGCGUCUCCCUCAAGAAACACUGGUUCAGCACCGACGAAGCCAGCAGCAGCAGCAGCAGCAGUUGUGGCGGUGGAGGAGGAGGCGACGCGGGCACCACCGCUGCAGCCACGCAGCCAAUCGCCAGUCCGCAGCCGGGCCAACCGAGGCAUGAGUGAGGUGGCGCCACCUGCCGCUUCGUGCUGCACGAACAUUCACAGUGUCAUUACAAGGAACUGACGCCGUUCAGGCAACGGCCAGAUGUUCGCCGCUCACCAACCAAAGGACGCUCGUCGAAAGAUCGCUCCGGGUCCUACGACGCAGCGAAGGGACACCAAACGCUGAUGGCACGUACCCAGGUCGUGGGUUCGAUUUGCAAUGUCUGCACAGCGAGGAGCUUAGAAAGCGUGGUAAACAGUCGUGCGCAGAAAUUUCAGCAUGGACCAAAGUAGCCUAAACGAUUGCUGCAUAUCUCGCUGUCGCUCCUUAUCUUUCCGGAGCCGUAACGAUGCAUAUCAUUGUUGGAGGGAAUUGUGGAUGUUGCUGUUGCGUUGCCAUGGGAGCGACCUGCCAGCGACACUGGGACCUCCGACGAGAUGCAACCCUCCCCGGUUGUGAGCGCUUUCCGUGCGGAUAAUCGUCAAGAUUCAGUUUCUUUGGUGGAAUGAGUUCUCGAAUUGCACUACUUACGUGUGUUUGUUCGGUGUGUAUGCGUGCUUGUAUAUGUGGAUGCACACAUGUCUGUGUAAAAGGGAGAAAGGCAGGAUUUCGCGUGUACAAAAGCAAUAUUUUGGUCAAAAAUUUUGGGCAAAGCGCGCUUUUCGUAAGCAGCUUGACCCCGCCGUCCACCGGAAUGUUCGAGAGAGCAGGUGACCAGGACAGCGCUGGUAUGGUCGUCGAAGUAUGUGCUUUUACUUGCGCUAAGACUGCCUGUUAAUGGUUACGGCCUGUCACAAAAAAAAAAAGGAUAACCUAAAUGCCAAAGUGCUUAUGAGUGGGCCGAGUUCGUGUAGUUAGUGAAAAGCAGAGCUACUCCGAGGCAGGGCCGAGAUGCAGGAACUAGAAAAUUCUGACGCUUGCUUGUGUAGCGUGCACACUCAGGUUUAACUAUACAGAGGGUACGGUGAAAAUUAGAUGCGAUUUGUUCAGUGCGCAACCAUGGCCUUGCAAGUGCAACGUUUUCUUGUCUCGGCUGAACAUCUUUUAACUGCAGUGGACUGUAAGUGGAGACCUCGCAGACAUUAACAUUCUUUUCCGUGUUUUCUGCUUGUUCAGAAUAUGCCUUGUCCUUUACAUGGGAGCAAGAAAAGAGUUCAGGCAAUUUAGAUGAGAACGCUGAAAAUGCACACUGUAUAUAUUUCUAGCGCACUUUUUAUGGCACCAAUACCCUCACCUGUUGCUGAAGUGGGUGAUCGGGCUUGAGUAGUCCAAAUUUCAAGGCUUACAAAUUUAGACUGGGAUGUACAGAUUGCAUCGUGUCCAUGUGUCUCGCUGAACAGUUUGGAGAAGUCGUCUCUCAACAACUUGACUGCCCCCGCUGCAAGGCCACCGCGAUAAAUGUGUUUAUCGUCCAGUCCUUUGCAGCUACUUCAACUUAAUUCAAGCCCCUUCUAAACAUAUCACGUGUGACACAAUAACAGCAACAUGCACAACGCAGAUGAUUACGUUUGUUCAUUGCACGAGUGAUCUCGGAAUGUUUUAUGCAACGAUACGUCUAUACCGGAUUACUAAAGUAGCUAAUCGAUUUAUAUUUGACACACUAGCGGCAAACCUUCAUACGCAGUUGGUUUCCGAACUUUAACGGCUUCUCGUUCAGUGUCAAAAUUGGGUUCCGUGUAAAGUUGCGGAACGUUGUUCUAAAAACAUUUGAAUUCCGCCAUAUUGUUGGGUCCCACUAGCAUGUCUACUCUGCUUGGCUUAGCAGUUACACCAUUGUCAUCUAUGAGUGGAUCAAUGGAGAAAAUCAUGGCGGAUUCCCACACCAUACCAUAGCUCCUUGUCUUUCUGCGGAAACAUUUCAGUCAACUAAAAGUAAAAAAAAAACCUGACUUUUUGUUGCUGACGGCACGCUGUCAUCAAAUCUGUCUGAUUUCUCGCUUCAUAAGGAGACUAGACAUAUCAAAAGUUAUUAAGUCGUGGCGUACUUGGAAAACCACAAAACGCGAACUGCAUUAUAGCAGAACGCUGUUAUGUUCCUCACGUGACUUCGCAAAAGUGAUAUUGAGAGUCAGUGCAUGACGUAAUCACUUUUAUUUGUUUUCUUUUUUCUGGCAUGCAGAAUGGACACAACUUGAGUUGGCAUAAAGCUGAUCACAUGACUUGCGCACGUAAAACGAGUCGCACUGCUUCGUUUCACUUCUGCCGAGUUGCAGUCGGAGAAGGUGAUCGGGUGCCUGGUUUGUGGCAUUGUUAGUCCAUGCUGUUGGAAACGCAUUUUUGUCGAAACCAUCCAAUCCAUUGGAUUAUGCGUAUAAAUGACUGCUGCUCCAUCUGUUGGAAUACGCUGGAAACAUGUUCGAUGCAGUCGUUGGUACAAUUAGUCUUCGUAGCGAUGGAUCGAAUGGCUUUGAUGCACAUGCUUCCGCGCUUAAUGCAGAUGCUCAUUGUUCGACAGGGAUCCUCGAUUGUGGCUGUUACGCAAUGUUGCACUCACUUGUCUCGCGUGGCCUGGUUUCCGGAGCGAUAGGGUGCCUCGGUGAGCGUCGUAGUGGAAGGAUGGCGGCAGCCUUUCACCAGGGCUUCGCUGACUUUUCACCGUGUUGGCUCAAAAUACUCAAAACACUUUGCAUCUUGCUCAAACUGACUGACAGGACGUCGCCAACCAGAAAACGAAGUGUAAAGGCCUUACUGUUAUAAUUCGUGGGUGCGCGCCUUUGCGAUAAUUUGACUUUCGGUGAAAACAGUACUACAGGUGACGCACCAUGUUGAUCCAGUACACCAACCUUCACUUAGACGUGGUACCGGGUAACACCGCUUGUAACGCGUAUGCACUCUUAGCCAAGGUGUCAAUUAGUGAACUGACGUGAUCAUGCUGGUUAUGUCGGCCAUGAACCAUAAGAUAAUCAUGCAGCAUGGCCAUGCUGUUUUCACGCCAGGCCUGGUAGUGCAAAAGUCGACUCGUUUGUUGCUCCAGGAGCCCGAACAUUGUGCACCGUGGUGGUUCUGGUGUUGCACCGAGGCGCCCUAGCAGCGAGCUGUGGUAUCCACAUUCUCUUAACGAAGAAUCUUGCGCACAGCUUCUAUGAGGAGCUGCACGCAUGACCUCAGACAUCAGCGAGCACUAUGCGAUCUAGAACGCCAUGCUGAAUGCUCACUUCUCAUUCGUUUUUUUUUUUGUAAGCGGAAGACGCUGCCAUCUGUGCACUUUCAAAUGUAUAUCGGUAGUUGCUCUGGGUUUCGCAAGUGGAGUUGUAAAACGAUGAGGAAGCGCUGUUGUGUUACCGGUUUGAUUCCCACGCAAUGUGCCCCUUUCGCCAGUGCGAACACUUGAGUGUAUGCAUUGUUAUAUUCGUGUGCUGCUCUAGUCCGUGUCCCUCUGGUUGUAAUUGAAUCAUGCCACGGUAUGCAUCGCUGUUCCGCUAUAGCUUCGUUUUUGUUGCCUAUUUUGUUAACGAACCCUGGCUGACCUAGUCAGGGUGCACCGCCCUAACAGCUUCUCGUAUGCGCUGGCCUUUGUGAACUCGUGACAGCUUGACUGUUUUCACUGCCCACCCUUUCAGUCCCACAUCGUCUGAGCGCAUGUUUAGUGGAGGCGUUGCUUGUCUCUUGUCAGCCUGUAAUUGCUCAAACGCUGUUGCCCCUGAGCAUUCAACUUUGUAGCGUCCUUUAUUUCUUUCACGCCGACUGCAAAAUGAAGCCAUUGUGCCCCGCGCAAACUUCUUUCUAGUUUUGGGUUUGUAAGCGUCGUUUCACAGGUAACUCAAAUCGAGAUAACCAUGAGCAGACAUUAUGUACAUACGUUAUCUGUGCAGUGCCACCCCGCAAACUGAAAACAGGCUGUACUAACUAGCCUUUGUUGAAGGCUUUUAGAUGUUGUUCUUAACAUUAUCUUUGUUCCCCUUAGGGUUCUUAGGGUUGACCGGGAUCAAGUCUCUUGUCACAAAGUCCGCGUAAGAUAGACUAUCACCCCGGUGCCCUCUGAAGUCUUUCUCGAUCUUAAGCCUCAAAUUCUGCAGUGAAAUAUUGCUGUUCCCUCGGGCCAAUCACUGAGGGUGGAACGCUAGUACAUUUCCAGAAACAUCAGCAAGGUUUCAACAAUGCUUCACCUACUGGGAACUUCAAUACUGGCGCAAUGGGACACUUGGCACAAGAGCAUGUUUACGUCUGGUUUACUGGCGACACAGUUCACAAGCGAUGUUGAUGUUCAUGGUUAAAGUGAAACGUGCCUAGUGAAACCAGUUUGUCCACCCUCCCGCUGUCUUACGACAGCAUGUUCCAGCGGUCGGGAAUGGUAGUUGCGCGGCUUACAUGAUGCUUAAAAAGGAAAAGAGGCGAUGUGCCUUGUUGCAGCUACAGUUUAUUCGGCAGCGAUUAUUCUAAUUCUUCGCAUUCGUUGCAUAAUUCAGCAUUGUGACUGCCACUUUGCUUAACUAAUGCCACCUUAUCUCACGGCCAUUAACUGCGAGGAAUAUCGUCAUGACCCAUUGUGCUUCUGACAAGGCUGUCGCUCUUAGAAGCUAAAAUUCCUGGAUCAUUAAGCACCACUUCUUAGACAGCUGCAAAACAGUGCCAAGAAAGUAGUAGGCUUAGUGUCCGACACGAGCCUCAUGUGAAGCCAGUGUGUCACACCUAUCGACUUGGAAACGUGGACCACUAUUUUUACAGAAGCAGGAACGGCUUCGUAUGUUUUUAAAUAGCCUAUGGAAAUAUUUGUGUAUUAUGGACCAUAACAACUGUGGCCGCUUAGCGCAAAUCAACAUACAAAUAAGGGGAGGAAGCGACAAGGCGAGCGCUAGGACUGCAAGAAUAGCGCUUACCUUGUCCCUCCCCCCCCCCUUAUUUUUAUGUCGAUUUGUGCUAAGUGGCCAUAGUUCUUUUGGUCUGUAAUACAGUAUGAACCGACAAGCCCAGCAACAAGUAUUGGUGGGAAAUAUUUGUACAGACAAAAAAAGGAAAAUGUUGUGGGUGUGCCUAAAAUCUAUAUAGGCCUUGUUAGAGCAUAAGACACCAGAAGACAUAAGCUACGUUUUAGAAUACCAGAGCACCUUCACUUGGGCUGAGCUCCAUGAGGCUGAAACAACAUUCAACAUGCAGCCGCAUUAUGUGCCUGUAACGUGGCAGCCAUACGCAGCUUACAGUACGACGAGUUUCUGGCGUGGCUUUGACAGAGUUGAAUCUUCAUAUCGCACAUAUAUUUCAGCAUUCAAACACAAAGUACAAAUGGCGAAGCGCAAAGAAAAGGCCAUAGAGGCUUGACAGAGUACAUACCUUUCAAGCCAUUAUGGCCUUAAGGCUUUGCAAGGCACAGACAGGGUACAGAUGUCGGCGUGGUAUUCAUUUUAUUCUGCGCAAUGUCAGCGUUAUGUUCGCCAGAACGUUCUGCUUGACGUUGCUGAUAAAAGUGGAUAAUGGGCUUAUCGGGCUGCGUAAAGUGAACGCACCGAUGCCGUGUAACGCCACUGCGAAAAUACGCCAGAGAUAGGGUGUGUGUGGUUGCCCUCUUAAGGCUCUACAGAUUCGUCCGCAACAGCUGUUUACAGUGGGUGGAAAUCGCUUUUGCCUAAUUAAGCCAUGACGUGGACGGUCUUUUGCCCAAUUAGCGCCGUUGUGACAGUGUCACAUUCUUAGCUUUUCCGCGCAACCUACGAGCCUAUGGCUCGAGCAACACUUCCUGCUGCCUCUGUUGUGCUGGGUUAUCAUAUUAUAAAAGUGGUAGCGCUGGCUGAGUUUCCUUUUACGUUUACCUAGUUAGUUGCCCUUUACCGGCCCUCGUCACAAACAGGUGUUCUGGGAUAACUUAAAUGGCGCUGCAACCUGGCCUUCGACACUUGCGCGGUUUUUUUGCAGCGUCUUAUUGGCACCCCACGCCAUUGCAACAUCUGCUUCUGGUUUUUGCACUCUGUCGAAAAGCGAGGAUGUCACGGAGUUCCCACGUACCACAGAGGGAGAUCACUUGCCUUCCCUUUCGGUCGCAGGAGAGUGAGGAAUGCAUGCCUGUCUCCGGAAGUGUUGUGGCUUUAUAGGAAAGUUGAUGCAACGUCUUUUAUGUGUGCCAUAAACGAAUGGACUUGGAAUGUCAGGACACUGUGUAUGUUGCAUGCGCCAUGUGUUGCGAUGCGCUUGUACAUCUAGCUGUUGUGUUUCCUUUGUGUUGUGAAUUGUGUUAGCCUCUAAGCGCAAGUGACCAGAAUGGAGCACAGCCAACUAGCCAUUUUCUUUCCGUGUGUUUAGUGCUUACUUUAACCUUGCAUUUUAGUCUGAUAAGAUGACACACUUCGCUCAUGAAGAGAGCUACUUUUGCAGCGGUUGUUCCUGUGCGUCCUUGUAUUUGUUUUGGAUGGGCGAAAGAAAAAAGAAUACUCAGACCUGCGCAAGACAAUUUGUGGACGACUAAUGCCAGCACUUACGUUAUGCCAAAGAUGUGACAUUGUUUACGCCGUUGUUAAAUGAAAGUUACGCUCUGGUUAUAUUACCUUAUUGUUGUGACCUGCUUUCGUUAAUAUGCGUGCAUGCUUUGAGCCGAACGUGUUUUACACUUGUUGAGUUUGAUGUACAAAAUAUUUCCCUCCGUUCUUUAGCGGUGGGUUUGGAAGAAAGAGUCCCUUCGGCUCUUGGCACGUGUUCUUAUUGUUCCGCGACUCCCUUGUCACCGUGGGACCCACAUGUUCCACAUCGCGUUGUACAGUGCAAUGCCUCUCGUAUACGCUGUGACUCAAGUUUUUUUCGCACACACGUCCUACACCUGGGGAACGCUGUUCUUGCAGGUAGAAUGAACCCACCUGCGUGACUACCAAUUGUGACGUGUACCGAGGCUUCUUUUGCCUUUGUGUCUGCGUCGCAAGAUUUGACCCCUACAGGCACGGUAUGCAGACCAUAUGGCAUCUUCCUUGUAUACGGGAACUAAUCGGAGCAAAUGAAUAAAUUAAGAAGUGCAGGCAGGUGAACUUUUAGAAGAAAGAAAGAUAAUGGGAAAGUAGCGUUAUAAUUUGCAAUAACACAUGUAAAGAGACGGCCGCCCUCACUGUCUAAAGCUACAGUUUCACCGUGCGUGCCGUCGCGGUUUUGAAAGUUAUCUGGCCUAUAGAGGUGUGCAGUGUUCCACAUAAGUUUAUGGGAAAGAGUUUCGACGGUCAAUGUGAGUGAAUGUCUACCCUGUUAAAGGACAGUGCUUCUAAUUUAAUGCAUCGACGUAAAGGCCACAUAAGCUACUGAAACUUUUAACUUGAGGUGCUAUGUGCAGUCAUGCUUCAUGGAAAGUAAGCAUUUUCGCAAAUCCCAUGUCUCGUUAACUUUUGCGGCCGUCUGCGUAUACGAAUCUUGCUACGCAUGUUGAGUGCGGUGGUCUCGUCGUCACUGUUGUGGUCACGUGGGCGAGUCGGUUUAUACCUGCGAAAAAACAGCUUCCCCGUGCCUCACACGGUCGUGACGUUGAGCCUUGACUUGUCGCCACCGCGGGCGAACCCUGCAGUUGUUUGCUCGUGUUCUUGUCCGCGCUGGUGGCCAAUAGUUUUUUUUUGUUUUGUUUUUCGCAGCUGUUCACAUGCACGCUAGUCACUCACGCGUUUUAAUCACCAGACAGCAAAGCUCACCAAGCCACAACUGUACUUAGCAUGUAUACAUAUUAAGCCCCCGCACCAAGGACUGCAGCUGCGUUUCGCCCUCGAAGCUUUGGCUUUCUGACCAUGGCGCCGUGAAGAUUGUUUGUAAGGCCUGUUGUCGAGCCUGUAUAUAAAAAGAAGAAAAAAAAAUUAUCCACACUAUUUCUUCUCUC